GAUGAAAAAUAUGGAAGAAAUUGAUCCACGUUUUAUUUGUGGAUCUUGUAAAUUAGUUUUGUGUGAACCGUAUCAACUUACCUUUGGUCAUCAUUUAUGUAAAUCAUGUAUACAUACUGAUAAUAAUUGUGCAAUAUGUUUGGAAGUUAUAGAAACAGAUAAAAUUGGGUCGGAUCGAGGUUUAGAAAAUGACAUGCGACGUUUUUCAAAAACUUGCUCUCAAUGUGAUUGGAGAGGGCCAUUGACGUUUUAUAAAAAGCAUAUUGAACAAAAUCAUGGAGGUUCUAAUGACCGUUUUAUUUGGAAUGGACAGGUUAAUGGAAAUGAUUUUAGUCAAAAUUCAUUAAAUUCGGAAAGAUUAACCGGAUCGUACGCAGGAAAUAGACAACUUUCUAAUGAUGGUUCAUUUAUUUGGCGUAUAACAGAUGUUGAAAGAAAGAGAAUAUAUGCUGUAUCUGAACGACAAAUGUCAAUCGAUUCUGAACCAUUUUAUUCAUCUCCUACAGGUUAUAAAUUGUGUUUACGAUUGUAUUUAAAUGGUGAUGGUAAUGCACGUGGUACACAUUUAUCAUUAUUUUUAGUAAUAAUGCGUAAUGAAUUUGAUGCUAUUAUUCAUUGGCCAUUCAAAUAUAAAAUCAUAUUCACUUUACUCAAUCAAUUACAAUCUAAUAGUCCAUCGAAAUCUUUCUGGCUUGAUGUAAACUUAACAUCUUUUCAUAGUCCAACAGCGGAUAUGAAUAUUGCUUGUGGUAUUCCAAAGUUUUUUCGACUUGAUAUAUUUGAACAAACAUAUGAUGAAUACGUUCAGAAUGAUACAAUGUUCAUUAAAGUUGAAGUGGAUUUUACUAGUGAAAGAUCAGAAUUAGCAUCUGUUCCUGGUGUUAAUGAAUUAGCAAAUAAUGAAAAACAUGUUGAUAUAAUUCAUGAAGAUAUUGAUCCAAUGUCUCAUUAA